AUGGCUUCCUCCUCCAGCUCCAAGGUCACGGUCGAGUACCACGACCCAAAUGGCCUGUUCAGCAUCUUGGAGCCGCACCUGAGGGCUCGCCUGCCCUUGCGCAACCUGCACUGGAAAUCCCCCGCCCGCCCGCUGCGCUCCAUUGACUCGCUGCACGUGGACUUUGUGCCCGGCCGCGAUCCCACCGAUGACUUUCUGAAGUCGCUGCCGCCGCCCUCUAGUGAUGGCCGCAGAAGCCGUGCCGCCUCGGCCUCGUCGCUGCGCCCGGGCUCCUCUGAUGGCCGCUCGGGGCGCCGUCGCCACCAGAUCCCCGGCCUCAGCCAGACGCCCUAUCUCAAAAUCUUCAUCUUGCGCUGUGACGACAACGACACCUACAAGGUGACGUCCCGCAAGCUGCUGCGCGAGUGGGUCAAAGAGAACACCCCGGCCUCCGAGAGCGGCACCAAGAGCACCCAGGAGAACCACGACGCCUUCGAAUGGCUGAUUCUGCACGUGGUGCUGCCUGAUACGCCUGCUGCAACACAGCCGCGCCUGAGCGGCUCCGCCAGCGCCUCCACUGGUGCCAUCGAGAAGUCCACCGGCGGCUCGCGAUGGCCGGGCCGUGGAUCCACCACCAUUUUCGAGAAGAUCCGCUCCGACUUCAACUCCACCGGCAAGUCCGCCGCGGAUCGAGUCUCCCAGAUUCGCCUGGAAAUGAAGGACAUUCCGCCGCAUCUGAUUCCUCCCGGCAUUGGCCAAGCUUCCAAUCCUUACAGCGACAGCCCGCAGGAGAUCCUCAAUUGCUGGAGCGAUACCAUUAUCAAAUUCAAGACGUUGAUCCUUUCCUCUUUUGAUCUGCGCGUCAGCCAGUAUGAGGAGGACAUUAAAGAAAAGGACGCCCAACGCCAUUUGCCUGGCUGGAAUUUCAAUACUUUCUUUGUCCUCAAAGAAGGCCUUGCAAGGGGGUUUGAAAGCGUGGGUCUUGUCGAAGAUGCGCUCGUGGGCUACGACGAGCUCUCCGUUGGCCUCGACACCAUCAUCCGUGAGCGUGCAGCUGAUGGCUACGGCGGCUCGUUUCUUGAAUACACUGAAGAUGUCAAGAAGCAGUUCCUCGUUUGUAAAAAAUCAUCAGGAACCAACCCCUUUGGCGAUAAGCCCAUCAGCUCUUCGCGAAAGGAUUAUCGAGCCAUGAUCCUCUCCAAUAACAUUUCAAUCUUCGAUUUCAGAUGCUACAUAUUCUCACGCCAAAUGGCCCUCCUUCUACGACUGGGAAACGCUUCAAUCUCGAGAUCCGAGUUCCUCUCCAGCUCGAGACCUAGUUCCAGACCCAACUCUCGGCCGUCGACGGCUCAGCAAGCGAAGGCGUCGACGGACGACUUUUUCUUGGGAACACGUACCGGGCCGGAAGACCAUGAGACUGAGGAUCUCACCUCUCUCGCUGAGCUUUGCCGUCGAGCAAUGAGCUUUCUAAACAUUGCAGCACACAUACUACGAGAUGAUCUGACUCAUGCGGUUGAAAACGAAGUCGAGAAAGUUUCCACUGACAUCAUAGACAAUUUUGUGACCUCGUGGAGCUAUGCUGUUGCACAGCAGAUUCUGGACGAUACCACAUCGUCUUAUCUCCCAAUCACAACUUUCGACAAAACCGCGGGUUCUUUGUCAGGAAAGCCGUUGGGGCCCAAGCAGGAUCUCAAGGUGUCCGUUCCUGAACACAAGGGCCUAGCUCAUCCGAAGAGGAACAGCUCGCUGCUUGACCGUCGUGCAUCGGUCCAAGAUUUAUCAUCGUCUAAUCGUAAGGACCAGGUCAUCUAUGAACACAGCAGGUUCAACAGCACAGGCAAUCAACUGGGAAAGAAAGAUCAAGCAGCCACCAUCGGCACGCAAACAAAAUCUGGCCAGCUGGAGCUUGCUGCACAUCGAGCAGAGUUAUACCUCGUCCAGAGAAGAAUAUUAGAGCGCCUUGGGGCAAAGCUAAGCUGGCUCCUUGGUUGGGCCGCGGUAGCUGCACAGCACGAAGGAAACAAGUUUACCGAUGUUUCACUUGACGACGACAAGCCAGAGCCAGCACCCGAAGAAGAGCAGGAACAGAAUGACAACAACAAAGGCUCUAAAGACGGGAAGAUUGCGGGCAUCUGCGAAAGCACGCUGCGAGGAGCCCUGGAUUCCAACGAAGAUUUUAGGAACAUCUACGAGCAACUCAGCGAUCUUGCCGUCAAGCAUUAUUUUGCAGCAACUAGGUCCAAAUCUGCAGAGAGCAUAAUGGGCGAUCUCGCUGCACUGAAAUUUGAAUCGGGAGACUUCUCUGCAGCGGCCACAUACUUCAGCAGAAUGGCACCGCUGUACGCGCAGAACAGGUGGAACCUUGUGGAGGUCACCAUGUUGAAGAUGUAUGCUCAGUGUCUCAAGAAACUCAACCGGAAGGACGAGUAUGUCAGGGUACUGCUUGAUCUUUUGGCAAAGUCAGCAUCCAACAGAAAGCCCUCUGUCUCUCUCAAGAUGCGUCGAGCAUCAAUUCACACCCCGUGGAUUGACGAUGAUCGAUUAGACACGACAGGCAUCCUCCAUGAGUUGGUCUCCUUUUCCGAGGGGUUGCCGUAUGAUGUUCCUGCGCCAAUGAACCGGUACUUCUCCGACGUCAUCGUAAACCCCUACAUCCAACAUUACCCGGAACAAGAUGGCUUUCAAAUGAUGCUCACUUUCCGUCAUCUUCUUGAAGACGACAUGGAGUUUGACAGAGCGAAGAUUCGUCUUGUCAGCAUGGACCCCGGGGAGAAUCGAGACAUCUGGUUGGAAACAAAAGAAAAGCUUGACGUGAAGCAAGGACAAACCAUUGCAUGGGUCCACACUAAUGUGGUUACUCUCGGCUAUUACGCCGUCGAUAAAGUCGUUUUGGAAGCGAAGAAGAUCCACUUCACAUACGAGACGGUCAAGAAAGAAGAAACCUUGCAGCCACUAGGCAUCUCGAUCCCAGGUGCAUCCUUGUCGAGCUCGCGAGUUCCCAAGAAAUUUCGCGUUCUCGUCUACCCCCGCGCAGAAGCAUUCGAUGCCAAGUUGACAGUAGCACGCGCAAUCCAUAUCGACAAGAUCAAGUCGUUAGAGCUAGACUGCCGCACAUUCGGAAACAACAUUACUAAAGCCGAGGUACAUCUGAAAGCCGCGUCAGCUGGACUGAGGCUGCGCACUGCCAAUGCGAAGGUAUUUGAUGGAGACGGCAAAAUCACAGAUCGGCCGGGCCCAGGCGUCUUUGGGCUGUCAGAGAUGGCGGCACAGACUGCCACAAGGAUCAGCAUUCCAUACGAGUUGGAGGUAAACCUGUCCGAGCUCCACAUCAAGCUUGAGGUUAUCUACCACACGGAGCAAGGGGAAUGCGAAUUCCGCGAUAACUGCACUAUCAACAUUGAGUUGCCGCUCGAUGUCAAUGUGCAUGACCAAUUUAUGGAGCGCAUGCUCCUUUCCACAUUUAAAGUUACCACGUCCAAUCAUGUACCUUUGGACGUGCUGAACAUCCAGCUCAAGGGCACGCAUGCGUUUGAUGUUGAUCCGGCCAAGCUCUAUGGAUCUCGGAAUCCGGUACGCCCGGGUCAGCCGCCUGCCUUUGUGUAUCGAAUCCUCAGGAAAGAGGGCACCAGCUUGGCAAAUGCCGCAGACUCCAAUCUUUCCCUCACAAUCAACUACCGCUGUCUCGAUGACCACGUCUAUGAGAAGCUGGAAGAAAAAUUUUCCAGAUCGGUUCAGGAAAGCAAGUUUGCCUAUUUGAGCAGAUUACUAUUUCCCCGCUUGUGGGAGCACCUGAAGGUAAACCUUACAGCCGAUGAUUGGCACCGGGCCUCAUUUGAUGACGAGCUCCGUUGUGGCUCGUUUGAAGACGCCGGCUGGAGCGCGACCAUUGGUAGCCUCCCAACCAGCAUACGAGAGGAAUUGCAGGAUUGGUUGGAGGAGUGGCACAAGAACAAUCCCACUAUUGACGUCACUCCCCCGAAAGACCGUACCGAGGCCAUCAUCUCACCAAUCACUCGCCGCAUCACCAUCACCGUCGCCGUCCCGCGCGUCCAGAUCCUCAACAUCGCCCACCUCGACCUCAUCACGCCAGUCCCGUCGCCGGCUUUCACCCCGCCCAUCGCACCCCUGGGCGCCCCUCUGACCGCCACCCUCCGCAUCAAGCACACGCGCAAGUGGGACGAAGUGUCGUCGCUCGUCAAGGCGGCCAACCUCACCGCGCCCGACGACCCCGUCAGCUUCGUGUACGAGAUCGACGCAGACCCGAACAUCUGGCUGCUGGGCGGGGCGCGCCGCGUGCAGUUCGAGGCCAGGGAAGGCGAGAUCAAGAGCUUCCCGCUCACGCUCGUGCCGCUGCGCGAGGGUUAUCCGCGAUGGCUGCCGAGCGUGGCGAUCCGGCCGUUGCCGAGGGAGGACAAGGCUGCGGGCGGAGGAGGGAUCGGGUCGAGGGAGGCGAGCAGGGACAGAGGCGGGAGCGACCAGCAGUUGAUCACCUGCGAAAUGGAUCUCAUCAGCCAGCACGCCUGCGUCCAGGUCGUGCCGGACUGGAAGAGCGUGACGGUGGGCGUGGGCGUGUUCGGCGGCGAGGCUGGGGACAAGGUGGCCUCCGAGUCGGUCUUGUUGGAGGCAGGAGGCAGGGAGGAAUACUACGGAACCGCGGAUGAGCUGGGAGAAGGCCAGUGGGUGGCGGCUGCGAUGGGCUUGCCGACCGAGUUUGCAGAGAAGCAAGCGGAUGGAGACGGGGACUCAGCUGAGGCGGAAGCUGAGGUCGAAGCUGAGGUCUAG